AGAGACCAAUUUUACUUUCGUGGGUGACCCUAAACAAAAUAUUAUGGCUUUUGCCGGUGCUACCGAUGACAUUUUUCAAUUACUAAAAGACAAGUUUCCUAAUUGUGUGCAAAAAGAAAUAUCAAUCAGUUUCCGAGUUCCCCAAGAAAUCGCGGACGUAGCGAAUGAUUUCACCCGGAAAUUUAUGACGAGACGCAAGCCAAAAUUAGCCACUAAUAAAACUAAUGGUGGCAAAAAGCCGGUGGUUUUUUUGGCUAGUUCGGAGCAAGAUUAUCAAUUAACUGAGGAAGAAGAAAGUAAGAUUGAGGAAAGACUUAAAGAUAUCCCCUGA